UCUGCCAGUCCGCACGCCGCUGCCAAUAGCGCGGCCGCGCGCCCGCGAAAAACGAUUUUCUACGUAAAAAAAUCAACGCAAAAACCGCGCGUGUGUUAAACAGUGCCACAAAAAAUCCUAAAAUGCGUAGGAACGUGAAAAUUUUGUUCUUUUUGGGUGGAGCGUGGAUUUUUGUGCUAUUCUACUACAUGCAGCCGGAGUCUACGCCGAACAAGGAAGAAAACAUAGCUCUUCGACUCAUAAAGCAACACGCAGAUGUUGAGGAGCCGGAGAGCAGUCCAGCCUCUCCCGAGGAGUAUGGCACCGGGAGUACGGGGAGGUACUUCGACGAGGCGGGCUACGUGGCGGGGGGGUCCAAGGAUAACGACCCCUAUGUACGGAACCGAUUCAACCAGGCCGCUUCGGAUAAUUUAUCCAGCAACCGGGCAGUGCCUGACACGAGAAACGCUAUGUGCCGACUGAAGAAGUACGAUGUAGAGCUACCUCAGACAAGCGUCAUAAUCACAUUCCACAACGAAGCUCGGUCGACACUCCUGCGCACUAUCGUCAGUGUACUGAAUCGGAGUCCGGAACACUUGAUCAAAGAAAUAAUUUUAGUAGACGACUUUAGUGAUAAUCCGGAAGACGGCGCAGCAUUGCGGGCGAUACGGAAAGUCCAAGUGAUAAGGAACUCCAAACGGGAAGGUCUCAUGAGAUCAAGAGUAAAAGGAGCUGAUGCUGCCACAGCACCCGUCCUCACCUUCCUGGACUCCCAUGUUGAAUGCAACACGCACUGGCUUGAACCCCUCCUGCAGAGGAUAAAGGAGGACCCAACCAGGGUAGUGUGCCCGGUCAUCGACGUCAUCAGCAUGGACACUUUCCAGUACAUCGGUGCCUCGGCCGACUUGCGCGGCGGCUUCGACUGGAACCUCGUAUUCAAGUGGGAAUACCUAUCACACGCAGAACGCAGUGCCCGUCUCAGCGACCCCUCGCAAGUGAUCAGGACGCCAAUGAUAGCUGGAGGACUGUUCAGCAUCAACCGCGCCUACUUCAACAAGCUCGGCAAAUACGACAUGAAGAUGGAUGUCUGGGGCGGAGAGAAUCUGGAAAUAUCUUUUAGGGUAUGGCAAUGUGGUGGAUCCCUGGAAAUCGUGCCCUGUUCGCGGGUAGGACACGUGUUCCGCAAACGGCAUCCGUACACCUUCCCCGGAGGUUCGGGCGCCGUGUUCGCGAGGAACACCCGCCGAGCUGCUGAGGUGUGGAUGGACGACUACAAGGAGCUGUACUACCGGUCGCAACCUCUUGCCAAGCAGGUUGAAUAUGGAGACAUAUCAGAGCGUGUCGCAAUCCGAGACAAGCUCCAUUGCAAGCCGUUCAGCUGGUACCUGGAGCACGUGUACCCUGAGCUGCAAGUACCUUCCCUGGGAGGUGCCUCCUUCUCCAUCAGACAGGGGUCCAGGUGCUUGGACACUAUGGGCCACCUGGUUGAUGGAACUGUCGGUAUGUACCCUUGCCACAACACAGGCGGCAAUCAAGAGUGGCGUUUCGACAACGGGCUAAUACGCCACCACAGCCUCUGUGUCUCUCUAUCCCCCGACGACCGCGUCACAGCAGUUCUGGUCGCCUGUGACCCCUCUGAUGAUGCACAGCUCUGGAGACGGAAGGGUCUUCUUAUUCGGCACGCAAAACUAAACGCUUGUCUGGACUCUGAACGGCCCGCGUUGUACUUGGAACAGUGUGACAAUGAAAAGUUGACUCAACAGUUUACAUUCUAAGUUCGAGCUAUGUGUAAAAAUAUUUUUGUUUACACUUUUUACUCUUUGAGAGAUGAUUGAGAGUUGAUAGCUCAAUGACAGGGUUUUGGAAAUCAAGCAAAAUCAAAUCAUAGUUAUUUCGACGUACUUAUAUUGAAAAUGAGAAAGGGUAUGUCUUUCUUUAUAAUAAAAGUCGUUCGGGCUGUUCCUUGGUUCGCACACAUUCGACGUCUUUCACUCUCUAACACACACUUUAUAAAACGAGGAUUUACUUAAAGAAUGUUGGAACAUGAUAAUAUUUUGUUUCAUCAUAAUAUCAUGUUGAAUGAUGAAACCCUGUUAUGUAUCGUAAAAAGUGGUGGAAAACAGGAAGCUACGGCAGCUACAGUAAUUAUUUGGAUGGCUAUUAUAGGGACUUCUAGAGUUAAUGUAUAAACACUUGCCUAGGAAAUAUUACUUUCACGAAUCUAAACUAAAUAACUCGAAUAUCUUAACACUAGGUUUAUUAAAUCAAUCAAGAUUUGAGAGCUUAUAAUCACUUAAUGAUAUAAGUACCUAUAUGAAUUUUUGUUUAGGAAUCACUUUUUAUAUAAAAAGUUAGGCCUACCUACACAUAGGUAACCUUAAUAUUAAUAUGAACAAAAUACAGAGAUUUUAAAAAUUUCCCACUCAAACUAAACAUUCCAUGAAUGUAUACAAAAUAGGUUUUAAUUUACAAAAUGUUUAGAUUUUAAGUUUUUUUAUAUAUGUUUUGUAAAAUACCUAUACCUACUAAGUGUAUUAUUCAUCAAUGUAUACCAAUUUAUUAAUUACUUUAUUCUUUGCAUCAAUCCCGUAACUUUAAGUAGGUAGUUACGCUUAAAAAGCAUUUUAGUUAAUGACUUAUUUUUGUUUUAGCAUAAGUAUAGCUAUUUAUUUACUAUUUUUUUUGCAAUUUUAUUUGACUUGUUACAUCAUAAUAUCUUAUAAUUAUGUAUAUCAAAAAUAUAUUAAUUAGCUCUACGCAUUUGUAUAUAAUUCAUUAACACCAUACAUAAUGUAAAAUGACUUAAUUACAAAAUCAUAAAAAAUAGUUACCAUAGUGUACAUAAUUAAGUUUUUUAAGAUAAGUGCCGGGGAUGUGGAAUGAGGAAUUAAUGUAAAUAAAUCAAAUACCUAAUCAUUUAACUUUAUAAACUAAAAACACAAAUAUUUCGUAACAAUAAAUUACGCCAGUUUUAGAAUUUCAUAAAAAAAUGGCAGCCGACAGAAAUGAAAACUUUAUUUGACACUUCCAUUAAAAAUUGAACCUUAACUAGUUGUGUUUAAGAACAAAUUUUAAAAGCUAAUAAGAUUAGCAUGUCGCUGACGAAACUUUAAAGAUUUCACCCAUGAAAAAAUCGCCCUUCGCGCGUAAAGAAAUUUCAUUUCAAUACAAAUAAUAAUAAUUAAUUGAAAAUUCAAACAAAAAAAGAAACGAAUUUUAGCGAUAUCCGUUUACGCCUAAAAUCCGAAAUAGAUAUUUAUUUAUAAUAUUCUCUUACUGUUCUAUUUAUUUCAAGUAAAAUAAAUUAAUAAAUUUCAAAUAGGUAAUCCCAUUAGAUCAUAGUGCCAUGGCAGUAACUACACCGUCCAUCAAUGCUUGCUUAGCUUAUUCUUUUAUUAGGGGAGAUGACUACGGACUACUGGUCAAAUUAAUUAGACUUUUUAUCAAACGUCAAAACGCUUGCUUAGUGAGGGAGCUUGUAUGAAAUUCACAGAUAUGACGUCAUAAAUAUUUGACAUAAUUUGACGUCCUUUUUUAUUUAAAUCCAUAAUUAAAAAUGGUUAGCAAACUCAAAACUAACAGCGGAUGUGGAUUUUACGAAUUUUGGAAGACUCUCUGUUUAAUAAUUCCUAAGAAAUAAUUCAUUUUUGACGUAGGUAGUCGUCAUCCCAAUUAAUGAUUUCAUUUAUGAAUUGAAAAAAUAUAUUAAUAAUAUCACGAAAUGGCUCACGAUAUUCUAAAAUAGAAAUUAGAAUUAGACAGUCUAAAAUAGAACGCGUUAUUUUAUUUUAAGUUAGUAAGUAUUUUUAUUUUAAACAAUUACUUCUUUCAAUCUUUUGAAAUAAUUCUUCAAACUACAUUAGCUUUUGAAAUCAAUAAUAUCAAUAAAUAAUUAUAUUUUUUUUUUUUCACUUUUUGAACAACAUUGUAUGUAUAUUUUUUGACAUAGAUUACAGGGGACUAUAACUUAUUCACUUUAAUCCAUUAAAAAAAAUGUAAGUAUUUAAUUAAUUGUUCAGUUUUAAAUCUUUUUUGUACUCUUAGGAUUUUUAAUUUAAAAACUAUUUAAAAUCGUUGUUUUUUAUAUUGCAAGUAGAUUGCAAAUUAUUAGUUUUGCUUUUUAUUUUUAUUGCAACAAAUGUUUGCUUUUUUUACCUACCUAUUAUUUUUUAUUUUAUUUUAAGAAAUUAUUAAUUUUUAUAAUUGACAUUCCGAAUAUUCAUUACGUAAAAUGAUUUAAAAAAUUACCUAGUGAUUGUAAAUAAAUUACGCACCUAUGUAAGUACCUAUAAGUUAAUGUUAUCAAAUUAAGUUAGUUAUUUUACUACUUAAAUUAUGUCCAACUUAGCUUACCUAAUGAUGUUCUGUCAAAUAAACGGAAAAAUUAAUCCUGUAAUAAUGCAAUAAGCUGUUGCAAUUUUUAUAGAAACAAUUUAUUAUGAUUGUAAAUCUUGAUCCUAUGUUUUUAGAAUCUAAUAAAAAAACUAGAACGUAUUUUAAUUUUUUUUUUCAAUAUGCUUAAGGCCAUCUUCAACUUUAAUAAUGGUUUAUAGUUUUUCAGUAUCAAUCACUUUUCAAAAAAUAACUUAAGAAAUUUUAACGAAAUACUAACAAGAUUUAUGAAUAGAUCUGAAAUAAUGUAAACUUGGAACUUAAUUACUUUCAAAAUGUAAAAUUUUGUAACUUGACUGUCCUAGUCAGAUAUCUUUAUGCGUGUGAGUAAGUGCUUAUGUUUGAAUGAAAAAAGGAUUUCGUUUUAGUGAGAGACAAAUUGAUUUGGUAAAUAAAUGAAAUUUGAACCAAAGA